AUGAUCGUCCUGCGCUUGGUCCUAUGUAUCGCUCAGUCUGAUCUGAGCCGCCAAUACGGCCCAGGGUCGCUUAUUGGACUGUUGAAUGCGACAAUACGAGUGCUUAGGACAAGUCUCGAUAUUGUCACCGAACAAAGGGCCAAAGAUCAGGAAACCACCAUAGUAUCUGCAUUUCUCUGGACGUCCUGGUCGCGAAUACUGUUACUGCGGCUCAGGGCUGUGGCAGGCAUGCAGCUCCAAGGGUUCGAUUACAACUUCAGAGGACUAAGCUCGAUUCGAUUUCUGGAUGUCGUGCCCGAAAUUGCCGAGUGUCGCAAACGGAUACAGCACAAAGAACUCCAAGCGACCCCUUAUCUGUGUGCAUGGGCGUAUCGCAACCUCACCAACGAUCGAGCGUGCAUUUCGACGGAUCUUCGGCGCUUCCACCAACUCUACCAUGCUUGCUUUGGUGCAAGGCAGGCAGUUUGUAACCCGGGGUCUACGCAAUGUGACGGCUGGUCCUCGGUCGCAUGUGGGCGGUUCGAACAUACACCAGUGACCAACCAGUCCUGCCAUGAACCAGGAUGUCCAGGGGAUUGCAGGCGACUGUUCUGGAUCAGGGAGUCCUUUGUGUCCAUCUCAGGUCCUAAGGCUGUUGAUAUCAUGGCUACAGAUGCCACGGGCUUACCGUACUACACCGCCGCCAUCCCGAGCGAGAAUGACCUGAGGUGGGACUGUAUAGCAAACAUCACCAGGAUAUUCUCAGUCAGCGACACCACGCUGGUCUGUGACCGAGAUAUCAUGACCAUCGAUAUCUCUGAUCACACUGUCGACAUUUGUGAGAAACUACUCGCGGCACUGCUCGUAUGCGACUGGAACAUGAGAGCAUGGACGCUCCUGGAAGCAAUGCGAGGCAGAAAUGCAUUGUACUUGCUUUGCCGUGAUGACAUGGUGAUCAGCGUCAGAGAUGCCCUACAAACGGUCUACACAUCUGGGAGAAUUGACAUGGUGAUCCCCUUCAUGAUGCGGUCGUAUCUGCUCCCUCCGAACGACCUGACUGACAUGGAAUUGUUCGAAGGUGGGGGCUCCGUUGCAACAGAGGAAGAUCUGCAGAUUGCCAAGGGCUUUAUCAGCAUCGGCGAGGCCGCCGUCCUCCUGAGCCAUCGGCAUGCCACUCGUGAUGACGACGACCUGCUCAUAUGGAAUCUCCUGGCUGGGGAUAUGGAGACGUCUGAUCCGGCAGACAUGUGGAGGCGGCGGAUAGGCAAAAAGAUCUCAACUGAGGCAUUGGUCUCGAGUUGUCCCAGACUCAGGGGUGUACCAGGCUUUCACUGGGCGCCCAGUCGGCCGACAAUGCCUCGAAGGACCCACACGUCCGUCCUAUCGAGCAACGGAAAAGAAUUCCCGCCUUUUGAGGGUGUUGACGCAAGGGACGGCUAUGUCACCGUGGAUGGCUUACGCGCCAAGUGGCUUACAUUCGAGUUCGGAGUUUCCAUCCCCAAGCCCUAA